CCGCGUUAGGGGAGCGGAGCCGCUGCGACAGGGGAGGACGGGGCUCGGCGCGCAGGGAGGGGCGCAGCGAGCAUGCGCCGCCCCGGCCGCCGGCUGGCUCCUCACCCAGGGACCGGGGGCGAGAAAAUAAAGGAAAACGAAAGGAUUGAGAGAAAGAAGGAUGAAAGGCGGCAGGGGAAAAUUUAAAAAGAGGUUCUAAAAAGGAGAGCGCCGGGAUAAAGCAUCCCUCGGCCCGCGGGAGGGAGCGGCUCUGGCAUGCGGGCAUCGCCGGCACCAACAGAUAUUUUGAUGGCAUGACAAAUCAGAAAGAAGAGGAUGUACUGUAUGACUAGACACAAGAUCAGUUCUGUUUGUGGAUUACAUUUUCAGUAAGAUGUAUGGAUCUAUUUUUUCCUUGUCCUUAUAUAUAGAUCAUGAGACUUGACUGAGGCAAUAUACAUAUCAUCCAUCCAUCUAUGGCGAACUACAGCCAUGCAGCUGACAACAUUUUACAAAAUCUCUCUCCUCUAACAGCUUUCCUGAAACUGACUUCACUGGGUUUCAUAAUAGGAGUCAGUGUGGUGGGUAACCUUCUGAUCUCCAUUUUGCUAGUCAAAGAUAAGACCUUGCAUAGAGCUCCUUACUACUUCCUGUUGGAUCUUUGCUGCUCAGAUAUCCUCAGAUCUGCAAUUUGUUUCCCGUUUGUUUUCACCUCUGUAAAAAAUGGCUCUACUUGGACGUAUGGGACUCUUACCUGCAAAGUGAUUGCCUUUUUGGGGGUUCUGUCCUGCUUUCACACUGCUUUCAUGUUAUUCUGCAUAAGCGUCACCAGAUACCUAGCUAUUGCCCACCACCGUUUUUAUACAAAGAGACUGACCUUCUGGACCUGUUUGGCUGUUAUCUGUAUGGUGUGGACCCUCUCUGUAGCCAUGGCUUUCCCCCCAGUUUUAGAUGUGGGCACCUACUCGUUCAUUAGGGAGGAAGACCAAUGCACUUUCCAGCAUCGUUCCUUCAGGGCUAAUGAUUCCUUGGGAUUUAUGCUUCUUCUUGCCCUUAUCCUCCUAGCCACACAGCUUGUCUACCUCAAGCUGAUAUUUUUUGUUCAUGAUCGCAGGAAAAUGAAGCCAGUCCAGUUUGUUGCAGCAGUGAGCCAGAACUGGACUUUUCAUGGUCCCGGAGCAAGUGGUCAAGCAGCUGCUAAUUGGCUGGCUGGAUUUGGAAGGGGUCCCACACCUCCAACCUUGUUGGGAAUCAGGCAAAACGCGAACACCACAGGCAGGAGAAGGCUACUGGUUUUAGAUGAGUUCAAAAUGGAGAAGAGAAUCAGCAGAAUGUUCUACAUCAUGACAUUCCUUUUUCUGACCUUGUGGGGUCCCUAUUUGGUAGCCUGUUACUGGAGAGUUUUUGCAAGAGGGCCUGUAGUACCGGGGGGAUUUCUAACGGCCGCUGUCUGGAUGAGUUUUGCCCAAGCUGGAAUCAAUCCUUUUGUCUGCAUUUUCUCCAACAGGGAGCUGAGGCGCUGUUAGCACAACCCUUCUUUACUGCAGAAAAUCCAGGUUACCAAGGGAACCUUACUGUGUUAUAUGAAGGAGCAUCUGUAAAUCUUUAGCCUUGUGAAACAGUACCAUUCUCUGCUAAGCAAUUGUGGCCUGUAGCCAUGUCUUGAGAAGAAAAUCAAGAAUGGGAUGUCAGCAGUUGUAAGGAUUUGGGCAACAUUCUGCAGUCUUUGCAAUAGCUCACCUCUAAUCCUGUUUUAAACCUAAACAUGUUCCUGCUGACCACUGCUGAAGGUUUGUAAUUAAGAACAAAGGACUGAACUACUGCCCUGAAUUCCUUUAUGUGGUUGAAAUCUAGAUUAUGAAAGUAGCAGGUGCUAAGUAUCAGUGCUAAAUGCUGUGUAUAUCACUACAUAAAAUAAGACCAUCAAAAAGAUUAGCAUUGGACAUCUUAAUAAAUUAAGUUGAUAUGAGGUUAAUGUGUUGAUAAAACUAAUUUUAGACAUCUGAAGACCUUUAAAACAUUUCAUACCAUUAUUGUUUUGCAAAGACUGAAAACUGGGGACUCAAGUACUGUAACUGAUUAAAGAUGUGCCAUGCAUUAUUGGAUUAUCACACUUACAAAUCUGUUUGCCUUGUGAGUAAGUUUUGGGGAGCAUUCCAAAGCGGUAUUUUUGUUCAAUUUAGGCUUUACUUUUUUUUUCUUUUUUUUUUUUUUUUUCCCAAAAAUAUUACUCUUUCUAAAUGCCAUUUUCCUUAACAGUGAAAUUACUAGCAUUUAACUGUAUUCUGUGUUUUUUGCUGUUUUGGUAUAAAGUUUAAUAGACUCUUAUUUAUAUUUUUUAAAAAGCUAGAUAUCAGUCUGUUAGGCAACGUUAAUGAUAAUAUCCAGUCAUAAUUGAACAGUUAUAAUUAUACAGAAUAAACACAUGUUGCCUUAAAGGGUUAUCUAGUAUCUUCCAUUUUGUUUAGCAUUGAAGCAAAUAAGCAAGGAAAAUUGAAUCAAUAACUCUGGUCAGUCAUUUGGGAGUGCAUGAAAGAUCACUUAGUCCUCUCUUUUCCUUUUUACUCCAAUGGUUCCCAAAAUCAAUAUGCACAUCACUGGGAUGAUAUGAUUUUUUUUCUAGGUGUGCCGCCCUUUCUAGUUUGUUCUGAGAAACACAGGCAGUUGAUGUAUGUUUAUGUUUUAAGACAGCUGUCAUGGGGAGACCGCAGCCUUAGUAUGAUAUCUUGCACAAUUUGUGAAGCAUUUAUUCUACUGAAGGCACAGUCUUGUUUAUAUUUUUCUGCACAUUUUGGUGUAUUGGUUGUUUUAAAUUAUUUCAGUUUUAACUUGUGAAAGCAUAUAAUAUGAUUUCUUAGUAUUUUAGAAAUACAUUAGAGUCUGUGAGUCUUUCCUUCUUUAAGAUACAGAUGUGUGGAUUUCAAUAUAAAGUUGCAUUUGCCAAAAUUUACCUGUGUAGCUUGUUAAUUUUACUUGGAAUAAAAUUUUACAUUUUUCCAGUUAUACAAUUAACCUUUUUUUAUUUUGUCUAGUGAGCUAGCAUGAAGUACUGAGAAUGUAGCCAUUAUGAAUUAUUAUCCUUUGCAGUCACUGUAUUCCCAAACUGUAAAUGCAUGAAUGAUGGGGACCACAGGAUUGAUAAAUGAUAUUAUCUACAGUAACACUAUUGUGUAGUUUAUCAUAAUUACCCAUCUAUCUGUUCUAAUGUCAGUUAUAUUUAAAGUUACAACACAGUAUUUGACAUUAACUUCACAGUUUAAUUUUGGAAAAUGUGUAUAUUUGAAGCACAACAUCAUGAGUUGGUCAGUCAUAAAGAACGUGGAUUUUUCUUAAUUUUUGGAGAGACAAGACUGGAGGUCUUAAUUCAGUAUUGGUAUAUCUUGUCCUUUGUUGUAGUUUUAUGGCCAGCAAGUUAAUAUAUACAUACACAAGCAGCAGUCAAUAAUGGAAAUGCUUAAAUUUGUAUGAUAACAUUACACAACAUAUGCAACAAUUCAGAGAGUUGUGUCUAUAUGUGAUCAGACAACUUGAUCAAAGAUUUAGUGAGCAAUCUGUUUGACCUCACUUAUACUUUUAUACUGAGGUUGAUUGGUUGAGAGGCAUGGCUUUAUAUACUGUGUUGAAACAGAAAAAUUGCUGAAAUAAUGAGUCCUCAUCAGUGCAAGAAUGUUUCAGAACGUAAUUUGAAAUGGGACCAAUAAACUUCUACCAAAAGGACUUUUUUUAUUACACUGAAAAAGGCUUUGAAAUUAAGGUAGUUAAGAAAUUGUCAAGGAUAGCAAGAGCGAAGAAAAACUGAAUCGUAUGUUGGGAAAAAAUCUGAAAGUUAUCCCACCUAAGAUUAUUAAAAGGUUGAUUGGCAAUAACUUCAGUCUAAUUUCUAUAAAAUAGUAACCUUUACAAGGAACAUUGAUAUUACAUAUUGUAAUAAAGAAGUACAUAUAAAUAACGUUGUAAAUAGUGUUAUAGUUGUAGAAGUAGUCGAUUCUGAAGAUUAUCCAGAAAAUUUUCAGCUAUGACAUUUCAAAAGCUGCAGAUUUGGGGCCUGACCUAACUCCUAAUAAAGUCAGUUGGUGUUUUCCCAUUAACUUCAUUUGGAGCGGAAGCAGGCCCUAACAUUUCUAUAGUACUAUGCUUCUGAAAUACUAAGAAGGCUGUAUUUACUAUGCAGUGGGAAAAGAAAAAAAAAAAAAUUAAAAUUAUUUCCCUGGAAGUUUUGCAAGCAGUAACUGAUGUAAAUUAAAAUAAUAAACAGUAAACAAGUCUGAAAGCAAAUAUUUUCCUAAAUGUUUUUCUUUUGAUAUGAAUGUAAUUCCUUUUGCUAAUGGCAAAAUACACAAUUGUAUUACUACCUGAAAAGGAGCGGUACUUUUUUUUAACUGAAUUUUUGUAAUUGUUCCAGAAAGAAGUCUUGUGAUGGAAGUGUUUCCUUAUAUUUUCCCCAGUGUUAAAAUAACAAAGGGUGUCCAGUGAAAUUAAAAGGCAGUAUAUGAAGUAAGAUUUUAUGCAAAGUUUUUACUCAGUGGAACUCACUGGCGCAGGAUGUCAAGUAGUUCAGAGAGAUUCCUACAAGAAUUAUUUGUAUACAUGAAUUAAAGCGGUGCUCGCAGAUUUUGUCAUCAGUGUCGUUUUGAUCCUAGUCAGCAUAUCAAACCUGAUGUAUUAGGGUAUAAACUGAAACAAGCCAGAAGGUUUAUUCCAAUUUAGUACAACUGUUGUUUCAGUAUGAAAAGCCUUUUGCAUUCAUUUUAGUGCCGGAGUUAAGGUGUUGCCAAAGCUACAAUACAGGGCUGCUAGGUUACUCUUGUCUUUCAGAACAGCAAAGAGUAUCACACUGUUUUAAUCUGAAUUGGUCUUUAAUGCUCAUGGGUAACGUGAAGGUAGUAGUUUUAAUUUUCCUGGUGGCAGAGAACAAGAGUGAGAGCAGAUUCCCUGGAGAAAAGACUGUCUGUCCCUGUUGAUUUCCUGCCCUCUGCUGCCCCACUGGCCCUUUGACAGCCUCUCCCAUCAAUCCUUCUUCGAGAUAAACUGUUUCAUGUACUGUAUCUUAUAUUUCUCCUGCUCCUUAGGAUGUGUCUCAGCCACCCAUCCUCCCCAGUAGGUAAGCUCCUGCAGCAGCUUCCCAAGGUUUGUCACUGUCUGAAUUCUCUUCCUGAAGACAAAGAGAGACCUCCAGUUCCUUUCAGCUACUUUCGUAGUUCGUGGAUUGAUCAUUCCAUGUCACUUGGCUAGCACACUGGAUAUAUCCGUCUUUUGGCUUUGAUGAUGAAGUAGAUGCUAUUUAGUUAUCCAGAGGAAAAUGAGAAUGGGGACAGGGCAGCAGGAAACAACUUCCUUCCUCCCAACUCCUUCAUAAAGAAACCAUUGUUAUUGUUGCAUUCCCCAAGUGCGUCUGAUUUUUUUAAAGCAUAUUCAAUGCUAAUGACCCUCUAAAUGAAUAAAAUGUACAGUUAGUCAAUUAUUGCAAGGUUUUUGGUACAGUUACAAAAUAUUAUAGCAGAAUGGCUUUCCAUCAGGCUCUAGGCCGCGGGGGCAGAGGCGUCCAUUGUAUCUCUCUCCUUUUAAGCACAUUGAGUUUGUUCGCUUGUGUUGGUUUUGCUUUGCCUUUCAAGCAUGUGAACAUUUUCUUUAUAUUAAUAGGAGUCCAAUAUUUAAGCAAGGUGCUAUUACUCAUAGAUUUAAAAAAGUUAUUUUAAAAGGAACUGGUGAUUCUUGAGGUGAAUUAGAGAGGUAUUUUGACAAACAACUGGUUUUUAGCAAAUGCUGAAUAAAGCUGUGGGUUGCUGGGAUCUUUCAUAGUUACGCAGUCAGCUCUCAAUUAUUGAAAACAGAAAUAGAGUAAACUAACCCACAUAAAGCUAAAACGUAGGUAAUACAAAGGAUAUGCACAUUGGAUAAGAACUUCCUAUGUUUAUUACAUUCAUUGAGGAAUGAAGUUCAGCUGAAGUAAAAAGUGAGAUCAGAAAUUCAGAGAAAAAUGGUGAGUGUUUUUCCUUUUUUUCUGCUUUGUUUUAGCAUAGCACAGCUAAUCUGCAACCCAGGUUACACACCCACAGACAACCAAGAGUUGACUGUACAAUUCUGCAUACCACACAGACAACCUCCUUCUAGUUUAUAUUCAUUGAGAGCUGUAGAAGUGCACACUAAUAAUCUGACUGACUUUUCAGAGAAAAGAGAAGGCUCAGUCUGAGAUACCGUUCUUCAGAAUUUAAAUUCAGUAUAUGUUCUCUGCUUUUGUUUACUGAAGUGAUUUUAAAUGUGAAGAAAUCAGUGAUCUAAAUCAGCAAUGAUCAUAAGCGUUCUCUGGCCAUGACCAUUAACAGGACAAAAUGACAUUUUGUAAUGCAUAUGCCAGCAACAAAUCAAAGAGUUUGAUAUUACACACCAUGACUUCCUUGAGUGGCCUGAAAACAGCUUGUGCUUUAUAUUUAGAAAAAACAAUAUUAUGAAGCUGUCCAUUGAAAUUGAUUGAGUCUUUGAAUGGCCAGCAUGGAAAAAGAAAAGUGAAUUGUAGAGCUCACUCAUUAUAAAUAGAGAAGAGUUUUUGUGGUGUUUUUUGUUCGGCUGAACUUUGUAAUUACAGAAGUGUAUGCUGAUCAAAGAAGUGCCACAUUAAAUAAGUUAGAUUUUUCAAUAGUUUAAAAGGGAAAUAAGUAACAACAAUCUUCAGCCUUUCAAAAUAAAAUAAUUGCAGUUGUCCAUAUGUUUCAUAAAAUACCAUUAACAGAACAGUUAUUGACAUUUUCAGUACUUAGUGAUUUUAUGUACUUGAUGCAUUUGAAGAACAAUGUCUGUAGACAGUGAGUUGACUGAUGCAGCCCAGUGGGAGACUUGUCCUUUACAUCACAGUUUUUGUAUUACGCUUGGUAUUUAAUAAGCACAAGAGAUAUAAAAACAGAAUUAAUCUGAUAAAAACUUCAACAAAUUCUGCGUUAGCUUCAACCAAACUUCUCCAAAUAUUAGGCAAAUUACUGUCUCCAGAGAUUAUUCAAUAUUAUACCCGUGCUAAUUCAUGAAAAGUGUACUUCAUCUUUGUUAAAGAGAAAUCUAGUUAAAGAUGUAUAUUUUUUUCACCCUUUCAUUGGUUGGCUAAGGCAGGUUCUGCUGUAAUGUGGAGUUAAGAAUCCCAAGUAUUAAAUUCUUCAUUUGAAUUUCAGUUAUUAUGCUACCUAUAUGUGACGUUGUUAUAGUCACAUUUUAAAUAAACUCACAAAGUGUAUGGUUGAAGUUUAUAAAUAAUCACUUAUAAUGCAAAAGACUAGGAAAACAAUCCAUACUUCCAGUUCAUUUUUGCUCUUAUUUCCAUGGAAUGUUAAAGUUUCAAUUUUAGGAAUGAAAUGCAAACUCUGAAAAACAAGUAUGUUGGAGAGGAAAGAAAAAACAGCCAAUAAUAUAUCAGUUAAGGUUAUCUUUGCUGUUAUAUGAUUGCAUUUUCUUCAUGGUUAUGGUGUAUUAGCUUUCCUGCUUCUUAGCAGGGUGUGUGUGUAGUAUAGAUACAAUUUGAAUGCCAUCAUUAACUACAGCAUUUCCUGAGCCCUUUUAUUUUCAUUCGGUAAGCAUCAAGCUCAGGCAUGCAAACAUCCUCAUGCAAAUUGAAGAAACUGCUAAAGAUAGAAAGUUUUGCACUUAAAAUAAUCUUGGCGGAUCAGGUCCUUAAGAUAGUUUAAGAGGGUGGCACAGAUACUUGGUGACUACUCUAGGCAGAAUGUUGGAGGAUAGAAAAUAAGUUUUCAACCAUGUUUGCGAGCCAAUUAAAAUCCCACUGGUGUCCCAUAGUAAAAACACCUCCUGUGGAACUGACCCACCACAGACCUGUGACCCACUUCAUGCUGAGUUUAGGUAGGAGUUUGGUUGCGCAUACUGUAAGUACUAAUGGGUGAAAUCCAGCAGUGAACCAAGAUAAGAAAUGCCUAGACAAUAUUCGUAGGCUACAGACAUGUGAUAUGUGCUUGUCUUCUCAAAAGAGAAGUAGCAGAAGAAGCAGAGAACCAGGGGUAAAUGGGUUUUGUAAGCUGGUUGUUAUUUCAUGCAUUGUUGGCCCCUCAGAAGUGAAGGAGAUCUGUUUUAUUCUUCAUAUUGGGUUUUUUUUUUUCAAAAUGCAUUCCAUCUUAGCUACUCCAUCCCAUCCAAUCCACUACCAGAUGAGCAUUUGAUUUUAUGCCUAAUCAAGUUUGUAUAUUGUUUAAAAUCUGUAUUUAAUGGUAAAAUGUAUCUGUAGCUUUGCACUGAUUAUGGAAAUACGUAUCAGUGUAUGUGCUUGCUCAUUUCCAUAAGCAUUUCCUGUGUUACAGACACACAAAUCCUAUUUUUGAAAUUAAGGCACUCUACAAUUAUGUGUUUCCUGAAUUCUCUGUGAAGGCCCUUAAGCUUUGGAAAUUUCUCCUAUUUGAUCCAAAACACUCAAUGCAGAUUAUUAGAACACACCACAGGGAGCAUUUGAUUUCUCUGACUGCAGGACUGUUUGGACAUCAUGAAGACUGGAAAUGUAUAUUUAGCUCCUGUAUAAUAAUUUAUGGUAAUGACAAGGCAAUAGAAUUGGAAGUGGUAAGACUGCUAGAAUAGGAUAUUUCAAUAACUGCAACUUUAAAUUUCAUUGUAAGACUUCUGACACAAAGGAGAAAUGCUCCUUUUAUAAGAUGAUUAUGUAAAUGGGAAGUAAACACACAAAUUAGUACAGUUCUAUAGGAUUUUGAUUAACAUAUUCAGUCAUAGCCAUAGUGAGAUGGGCAUAAAGCAAAAAAAAGAAGAGAAAGUAGCAUACUAUUUGAUAUGUAAUCCUUGUAAUGUUGGCUCAAUUCCUGCAAUCCCUACUCAAGGAAAAUUUUCCCUCUUUUGUGGAAACGCAUCUCA